AUGGGGACGCCAAGCAACCCCGAGGAGGGGUCCCCGUCACCACUGCCGCUCUCGGAGCGCGAUGCGGAGGCGCGGCUCCAAGAGCCUGCCCCAUCUCAGGAGUCCCCCAAGGAGCUUCGGGAGCCAGAGGUGCCCGAGGCCCCGGCGGAGCUUCGGAGCGGCCCAGGAGCUGAGCAGCAAGCUGAGGAAGAGGAAGAAGUGGAAGGCAGCAGUACUGAGAGCAGCCGCGACACGCCUGAGGCACCGCCUCUCGUACCGAUCCCUGCCACGCCCCCCACACCCGCCCCUUCAGGGGAAGGGGCCCGAGGGGUGGCUCGGCGGCUACGAGGGCAGCAGCUGGAGGCUCUGACUCGAGUGGCCCUGAUGGAGCAGCGGGUGAAGGAGCUACAGCGCCAGAGGAAGGAGCUGAAGAUUGAGAUGGAGGUAGAGGUGGCCCUGCUGCGGGGUGAGCUGGCUGGGGAGCGUGUGGCCGCCCGGCGGGAGGAGGAGCAGCUCCGGGAGCUCCUGGGGCAGCAGGCAGACCUGGAGCAGGGCAGCCGCGAGCAGCGGGAACAGGAACAGAGACGGCUUAGGCAGGAGCGGGACCGUGUGGAGGGUCUUCGCCAGAGACUCCGGGAGGCCCAGGGACAACUCGAUUCACAGCCAGAAGACCAGCGUGAACAGUUGCUACAGAGUGUGCGGGAGAUAAGGGAACAGCUGGAGGUGGCUCAGCGUGCCUAUGAGGACCUGGAGUUCCAGCAACUGGAACAGGAGAGCCGGCGGGAGGAGGAGGAUCGGGACAGCCCUGGGGCCCGGGCACUGAACCCCAAGGUUCAGGAGCUCCAGGCCAGUGUGGCACAGCAUAAGCGCCGGAUCCAGGUCCUGGAGGAGCAACUGAAGUCACUGGGGGAGCAGAUGGCUGCUGAGAGCCGGGGACUGAGCCGGAAAAAGGAGGAGGCCCUUCAGGCCCUGACGCAGGAGCGGACCCGAAUGCUGGAGCUAAAUCACCUUCAGGGAAUACGUGGUGGAGACUUCUCUGAGCCCAACCAGGCCCUCCCUAAGCUGCUCUUCACCCACAAGACAGACCGCCAGUUGCUGGUGCUCCAGGACCCUGCUGCCCCCUCCGCCACUGCCGCCACCUCUUCCUGCCUCUUCUCUGUCCACAGCUCCCUGCAGGGCUCCAUCGGCCUCCAGAGGACCGGAAGCCUGCCCCGCAGGAGAGGAGAGAGGGCAAGCCAGAAAGGAUCCCCCCGACCCUUGUCCCUCCAUUGUACUGGACCCCUGGAGGCCUCGGCUCUUUCACCAGCAGUAGGGGAUUCUGGGAGACACCCCCUCUAUCAGCUGCUGAACUGUGGCCCUGGGAAUAGCUGUGGGGGUCUCCACCCAGACAUCGCCCGCAUGGAGCGGCUCCUGCAGCAGGCUGUGGCAGAGAGGGAGCGGCUGCUCAAGGCCAGGGAAGGGACGAGAAGGAGCACAGACGUUCCCUCAGGCCCUGCGGUUCCUGCCAUCAUGGCCCCGUCCACCCCCCCACUCCCACCCCGGCCUCCAGGUCCCCGCGUCCUGGAUCUCCGGCAGCACCUGGAACGAUGGGGCCACAACCCAGAAAACUGCCCACAGGUGCGCGUGUCGGUGGGCUGCUGCCGAGGACCCCUGGUGAAGAUGGGGGGCCGCAUCAAAACCUGGAGGAAGCGAUGGUUCUGCUUUGAUCGCCAGGCUCGGCGCCUGGCUUACUAUGCAGACAAGGAAGAGACCAAGCUCAAAGGCGUCAUCUACUUCCAGGCCAUCGAAGAAGUCUAUUACGACCAUUUGCGCUGUGCCUUCAAGAGUCCUAACCCCCGUCUGACGUUCUGCGUGAAAACCUACGAGCGCCUCUUCUACAUGGUGGCUCCGAGCCCCGAGGCGAUGCGCAUUUGGAUUGACGUCAUUGUGACUGCGGCUGAUGAGAACCACGCCCCCUGA